AUUUGAUCACCGUUUAAAGAAGAAGCCAUUACCGAAUCGUUGAAUUCAAAAUCAAUGUCGUUGAUCCCAAGUUUUUACAGCGGCCGACGAAGCAACGUGUUCGAUCCAUUCUCUCUAGAAUUAUGGGAUCCAUCAGAAGGGAUGCAAUUCCCCCCAACCUCCGGCGAAACGUCGGCAAUUGCAAACACUCGAAUCGACUGGAGAGAGACGCCGGAGGCUCACAUAUUCAAGGCAGAUCUGCCGGGGCUGAAGAAGGAGGAAGUGAAAGUGGAGGUUGAGGAAGGGAGAGUGUUGCAGAUAAGUGGGGAAAGGAGCAAAGAAGAGGAGGAGAGGAAUGAGAAAUGGCACAGAGUGGAGCGGAGCAUGGGAAAGUUCAUGCGGCGGUUCCGGCUACCGGAGAAUGCAAAAAUGGAUGAGAUUAAAGCGAAUAUGGAGAACGGAGUGUUGACUGUGAUGGUGCCUAAACAGGAGGCGAGGAGGCCACAAGUUAAGGCCAUCGAUAUUGCAGGAUAGAGUUGUGUGUUUGGUGCAUGGUUUUGGUAAAGGUUAAAUAAUGAAGUGUAAUGUAAAUAUGAAGGGAGUGCUUUUGUUUUUUAAUGCUUCAAGAAACUAUGUAAAACAAAUGUUGUAAGAGAUACAAACGAAGAUUAUAUAAGUAUGUUAUGUCUUCUUUUUUUUC